UUAUGUCAGAGUUGUUUUGUUAAAUGUUAACAAUUUGGUUUGAAAUACGAAAUGGAUGAAAAAGUUAAAAUAUCAACUAACUGGUGCUUAUUGCGAGGAAAAAAUAUUGGAGACUCAUUGGUUAUUAAGACCGUUGAAAACUAUUGUAAAGCAGAAAAUAGGCCAAGUAUCGAUGACAUUGUAAGUUUUGAACAGUCAGUACAUUUACAAGAGCCACAAGAUAAUAAAGAUGAUAAUCAACUAAAUUUAACAAAAAUAAAUUGCAAUAUACAAUUCGAGAUACAUUCAGCUUACUACAUAAAUUACCUAACAUUAGUGACAGAUUGCCAGAAAGUGGAAAUGUUCGUGGAUAUUCAUAAUGAAUAUUACAAUACUUUUAUAGGCGAAUUUUUGGAUGAUUUCGAUGGAAUGAAAGUUUAUAGAUUCGACAUCAAAAUUACCAAGAAAAUAUCACACUUUCUACUUAAGCUUAUACCACGCGUGCCGGAAAUUUGGGUUUAUGGAAUUCAAGUGGUUAUUUCCAACGGUCAACUUGUUGAUAUGACUCCGUCUUUGAAUAACAUAAAUAUAGACAAUGUGAAAUCAAUAUUAUCAAGUUCGAAGCAUAAAUUAACUCCAAAAGCUAUGGAAUGUAAAACCUUUAUAGAAAGUUUCCUUCAUGGAGCUCCAGCUAAAAAUUUUAACAACUUAGAUGGUACAACUGGAUUCUUGAAGUGCUCAUCCGAUCUAGAAAAUUUUAAAUCGCUCUUAAGUAAUACAAAAAAAAAUUUUCUUCAAGAAAGUAAUAGAGAUGAUAGCCAUUGCUCAUACAAAAUAGAUGAACUUAAAAAAUAUAUAGACAAAGUAAUAUAUGAAAUGGAAAACAAUUUUCGCUUGGAACUUCAAGCCUUAGAAAAGCGGCAAAAUGAAAAACUAGACAGAAUUAUUGAAAUAUUGUCUUCAACACAAAACAAAAUAGUUAAAUAAAUUUUUUGCUAGAAAUCGUUAUUCAUUUUUUAUAUCAGACAACUGUUAAUUAGAUUUCGCCAAAACGGCACAAUCAACGGCUCCCUCGUUGUUAAGGCGAGUGCCUCUUAGUGAUGUGUAAAGAAAAAUUCGAUAAGCCACGAAAGGACCACUAUGGCACGCGAUACAUACACGCCAGUCAACAGCGACUCAACCUCAUAUGAUGGCAAACUAUAUACUUUAAGUGAGUCUAGGUCAUUCAAAACAAGUGGAAAAUCUUUUUAAACAGAUUCAAUACACGAAACAUAGAAUAGAAAACAAAACUAAGAAUUUUGUCUUGCGUGUCUUUUAAGAAGAUCUCUUAGUUAUUGAUUCUCCUACUUUUACAGAUACGAUAAACACUUGUCUUUAUCACACCUGUGAAAGUAGAAGAUUUAAAGCAGUUUCUCCAAAAGUUCUAACAAAUCGCUUAUUUUAAACAUAUAUUUUAAUAAAGGUUGAAGAAUUUAAAAGAACAAAAUAUUACUCUACGUUUGUCUACGGAGCGUAAUAUAUUUUUAAUACUAUAUGUAUUAAAAUUAUGUUCCGAAUAUAUAUUUUUUUCUUUUGCUCAACUUUAGAGGAUGUAUUCUCAUUUU